AUGCGGCCCCCCGUCGCCUCCCCGGCUGUUCGCGACAUCUCUCGGCUUUGUGUCCGAUGUCGACUCCGAGUUCGCCGAGCCUCGACUCUUGCGCCUUUGCAUCGUCCACUCGUUGCCGCAACACCUGCGCCGCGCCAUGUGGCUAUCGCGGCCACCGCACGGGCACCAGCGACGUCGUUUGUCCAAGUCCGCUCCGUGUCUUCUAGCGGCGCUGCCGGCUCUGCUGAGUCCGCACCACCGUCUUCCGCCCCGGCGCCGCCCACGACACACUACCACCUCUUCCCCGAGACACUCCCAGACGGGCCUCCCCCAGCGGGACACUUCCCUAUCGACGUGCGCGCCCUCCGGCGUGAGUUCCUCCGCCUGCAGGCCCGCGCACACCCGGACAUGCACCCAGCCGCGGACAAGGCCCGCGCCGAAGCCAUGUCUGCGCGCAUCAACGAGGCCUAUAAGACCCUCGCAAAUCCUCUAUUGCGAGCCCAAUAUCUACUCUCUCUACGCGGUGUCGACGUCGCCAACGACGAGACCCUCAAGGUUGAGGAGCCAGGCCUACUCAUGCUCGUCCUCGAGGCACGCGAGGAGAUUGAGGAAGCUGAGAGCGAGGAGGACCUCGCCGAGCCCCGCGCCGCAAACGACGCUCGCAUCGCACAGAGUGAGGAGGUGCUCGAGCGAGCCUUUCAGCACGAUGAUAUAGAGGCUGCCAAGCACGAAGCGGUGCGCUUGCGAUACUGGGUUAAUAUCAAGGAGAGCCUAGAUAACUGGGAGAGGGACCUCCAGCCGAUAAGAUAA